GGACGCCCCGUGUUUGGGUCUUGCGCCACUUCAAUACUGGAACUCGAGGGAUGAGCGCAUCGUUGUUCCUUCGACGUGUCGUCGCCGCCUUGCUUGUAUGCAUGGCCUUGGUGUGCUUGGGUGCAAAUGACACCAAGGUCGUGACGGUGUUCAACAACGGCGAGUCCGUCGGCGGCAUUCAAGUGCGCUUGACACCAGAGCACGUUCCUACGGGACAGCAUUUGGCCGAGUACCUCUCGACGCUGUUGGAUGUGGAAGGAAUGUACACAGACGAGACCAAGACAUCGUCCAAGGCGGUGGCAGACCGCGUGUUCACCGCCAUCGGCAAGCCCAUCCAUUCAUUCGACGACAUUGCACCCAACGAUGAACUGUACAUUGUUCCAACGGGCUUGCUGUUCGUGUGGCCGUUCGUCAAGUACGGACACCGCGUGACCGUACAGUCGGCCCAUUCGCCGACGGGGAAGCCCAUCGUGCUGGAAUCGUACAACGACUCGCCACGCGUGUUCCUAAUCCACAACUUCUUCACCAACGAAGAAGCAGACCGACUCAUCGAACGGAUCUCGGAAAUCGACGAUGACAUCAACAAGCUCAAGCGAUCGACCGUCGGCCACGACGACAAAGGCUCCGAGUCGUCGGUUCGCACGAGUGAAAACGCAUUCGAUGCAAAGUCCCCCGAAGCGAUUUCGCUCAUGAAGCGAUCGUUUGACUUGCUCAACAUUGGCGACUUUCAAGAAAACAUGGCGGAUGGUCUGCAAUUGCUGCGAUACAAACCAAAGCAAGCGUAUAUCCCACACAACGACUGGUUUGAUAUCGAUUCCACGUCCGAUUUCAACUGGGAACCCAAAGCUGGCGGCGCCAAUCGAUUUGCGACAGUGUUCUUGUACCUAUCGAACGUUACGAGGGGAGGGCAGACGGUGUUUCCAUUGGCGAAUAUGCCGCCUGGUGUAAAUCACUCGGCUCCACCAACCGACGAAGAACUGGAUUUGUUUGAAAAGGGCUCGUGGGAGCAUAAAAUGGUCAAGCAGUGCUACUCCAAACUGGCGUCGUAUCCCCGCAAGACUGCGUCGGUGCUGUUUUACCACCAAAAAGGCACUGGUGAGCUGGACCAUCGUGCCGAGCAUGGAGGGUGUCCAGUGCUUGAAGGCACGAAAUGGGCGGCAAAUCUGUGGGUGUGGAACCGCAACCGCAACGGCCCGGAAGGGUCGCCUUUGAAAGUGGACUUUGUCAACACUCGGGACUACCCAGUCAAGUUAUUUUGGGCCAACAGCCACAUGUCGGACCUCGCUCCCGGCCACAAAAUUAAUUUUAAUUCGUUUGGAAAGCACAUCUGGGUAAUACUAUUAUUUAUUUAUAUAUAUAAUUUGAUAUGAUGUUUUAUACCUGGUUAAUACUAUUGGUAUGUAUAUAUCUUGAUAUUUUAUACCUGAAUAAUACUAGUAUAAGAAUGACAUGGUCAUAUUUUGAUAUAUUUUGAUACAUCAAUGACCAUAUCAUUCGUAUCCCUAUUGUAAAAUUGGUAUUUUGCAUAUAUAUUUUGAUCGUUUAUACCAAGGUGAUGAGAGUGUUGUAUAGUUUGAUAUGUUGUACGGAUGAUUCUGCUUGUAGACUUUUCGAGAUGUCGACGGCAACGACUUGUUUACGCACACGCUAAACUACAAAGAUGGGCUGGUGCAAGUAAUUAGCCUGCCGCCGCUGCCUCCUUCCGAUGCCACCGACGAAAGCAAUCACUCCGAAGUACCUCCACAAAACGACGAGUUGUAGCCACAUGUAUCUGCUGCUACUACUUUACAAGGCGAAAUAUAUGGUCCCAUAGCAUAAUACAGUAGUGUUAAUUACUAUAGAUUGCUAUAUUGUCGUUACA